AUGCGGGCCGGGGCCGGGGACGGGGACGAGGACGUGGGAGGGGCAGGGGCAGGGGCAGGGGCGAUGGCGGUGACCGGGACGGUAGUGUGGACAGGGGCGGUGGUCGUCCUAGAGGCGGUGGCGGGGACAGGGUCGGCGGUGGGGAUAGAGGCGGUAGUCGGGAUGGAAGCGGUAGUGGGAAUAGAGGCGGUAGUGGGGAUCGAAGCGGCAGUAGGGAUUGGGGUGGUAGUGGGGAUGGGGGACGAGGGUCCUCUGUGGACAGAGGAGGGACAGCUCCAGUCCCUCUACCUAUGCGACCCGCUUUUGGCUACUCUCCUCUCGAGCAGGACCACCGAGAAGGAGAGGCAGGGCCGAGUAAUUGGCGAAUGCAUCGGUGCCUCGUACACCCCUUCGCAACCCACCGCAUCACGAGUACCUGAUCAUAUUCCCGCUCGACCGCCGAGUCCAGCUCGUGUCCUUAUGCCUCCUCCCCCUCCUUCGCUUCCGCCAGCGCCCCAUGCACCACCCGCAACCGAACCGUCCAGGCUCGUUUUUAAACCAAUAACACGACGUCGCAUCUCUCCUCCGCCAUCAUCGCCUCCUGUAGCUCAGCUCAUUCCUUCCGAGGCCGAGCGGGAGGAAGUUUCCAAAGAGGAGGGUCACGACGCGGACGAGGGGCUUCAGGAGGAUGAGGUGGACCAAAAGCCCUCUCAAGAGGAGCUGGACUAUGUACCCGUGAACCAAGAGGCGCAGCUGACGGGGACUACGGCAUUUAUGAGGAACGACGUCCCUGCCGCAUGCUAUACAGGCCCUAGCAAGGAUCGCCUGAUCGCUCGAGCCGACUUCAGGCUCGCCACGUACGACCGUCUCCAUGCCACAGGCAAGCGACCUAUCCAAGGUUUCUGGAGAGACGACGGCUACGCGGUCGAUUGGGAAAGAGAGGUUCCGUCCGCAAGCGGCACAUCUACCCCUUCCGCCUCCCACUCUGCCGAGAACGCUCUUCCGAUUGUCCGGAAUCUCGACAUCCCGCCCCCUUCUCCCUUAAAUUCGGUGCCUGCAACAUCCUCCUCCGGCUCGGCAGAUCGACCUUCAUCUUCAGUGCCUACAACGCCAGCGUCGUUCCGCCGAGGGAAGCAAAUGAACGGCCGAGCAAUUCACACCCAGAGUGUGCCAAAGAAAUACCAGCAGGGCGGUCUCGGCACACCCUCGGGCUAUAUCAAUUGGGUGCGGAAAACAUGGCUGGAAUAUAGCCAGCGCCGCAUCGAUGGGGCUGGCGUUCGGCUUGAAGCGGUAGCCUCUCCCAGCAGUAGCGUAUAUGCUAUCUGCAUGACCAAGCUCGAACCCGGCGAGGUCUGGCACCCGCCGGCUUGGGUGACGCAGCCCGAGAAGUACGUCAGUAUGGACGAUAUGGGAGCGGAAGAGCGGCGAGAUCUUGAACCGGGAGUCAUCAAGCCCCGGCACGAGAACCCAGCGGGCGCGUCGUCGAGGAAGAGAAAGGCGAAUGAAGAGGCCCCUCAGGACGAAGGUGCGGACGAGUAUGAUUGGCGGCCAAAGCGAGUGAAAAACAAGGAGGAAAGGGCGAGGAGGAAGGCGGCAAAGGCUUCGGAGCUGGCCUCGCGCUCUUCCUCUGCGUCCGGAUCAAGCUCUCAGCCGAGAGCGGCAGCCUCUGCCGGAACGCCCAUACCACGUCCGGCUGCACAACCUGGCGAGCCAAGCUCGUCAAGGACAGCUCCGGAUGCAUCUUCGGCGCAAAAAACAACCGUCCCUCCCAUACCUCCCGUCCCCGCCGCCAAACCCGUCUCCGCCGGCAAAACCCCCACCCCGGCACCUACUCCCUCUGCAUUUGCAGUCUCCCAACCUACUCCUCGGUCCCACACCCCGGCCGAGGAAAAACCGAACAUCCCCGGAUCAUCCUCACAAUCAGUCAUUCCUCCUCGGAACUCCGAGCUCAGCCUGCCCGAGCUCGAGGCCAAGCUCUUCGCAAACUUCGAGACUAUCGACCGGUGGACGCAAAUGAUGUCGGACUAUCCCAGUCAAGAGCAGGCUCUGCAGAAGCAGGUGGAUAGGGUGCAGCAGGAGAUAUUUAGGCUGCAGGCGGAGAUUGAGCGACGGAAGCGAGGCGGGCAGGGGUGUUGA